AAAAAUUUAAGGAGGUAGAAGAAGAAUAGGAAGCAAAUACCCGGAAAUCAGUCUGAAGGUCUUCUGUUAUGAGUUUAGGUAAUACGGCUGUGGAUAAGAACUUGACGUGAAAAUGGGGGUUAAAAUAGAGAUGUUCAGAAUGAUGCUCUAUUUAUCUUUUCCCGUGACCAUGUUUUGGAUCUCAAACCAGGCCGAGUACUUCGAGGAGUAUAUCGUUAAGAGAAAGAGGGAAAUCUUCCCACCGGACGAAGAAUCACGGAGAAAGGAGUUGGAAAACUUUAAAGAGCGGAUGCGCGUUCGAAGGGAGCAACAGAUAUUAAAAAAAAUGUCAGAAAACUGAAGAUUUUGUGGUCAGGAAAAAUAUUUGAAUGUUCAGUGUAAAAACAAAUUUCUGGCAAUAUUUGCUUGAGGAAAAGAGAUUGCUUUAAUCUGGCAUGAGACAACAGAAAGACCUGCAAGACUAAUGCGAUCUGAAGGUGUGUUUGGCAGUUUUCAAGGAUUUGCCUGAUGUUAAAUUUAUUAAUGACAUAUUUUUAUACAAGAUUUCUUUAUGUUUUAAUUGCUUUUUUUUGUUUGGGUAUUUGUGAUACAUACUAUGUUAUACAUAGUUUUCUGGAACUACAUUUCUUUAUGUGUGAUGCAGAUUAAACAUAUACCCUGAAUGUAUUUUACCAACUUUGUUAUUUUAUUUUUGCCUGGUUUGAUCAAGGAUAAUUUUAAAAAGAAGGAAAAACAAACAGAACUUGUAGGAGGAUUUAUUAUUAAAUCAGUUAACUUUCUAGAAGUGCUGUAGUUUUCUGAAUAACCUUUUCAAGUUGCAGUUCACUAAAAGACUGCAGCUUAUGUGUGUUUUUUUUAAAUACAUUUAUGGCUACAAUGUUAUUAUCCAAAGAUUUAGAAAUCUUUCCAGAGAUGCUUGUACUCCUUUAUAAUUCAAAUGUGUAUAUUCAGUUCCUUUUAUUGUCUUGUGAAUUAUUUUAAAAAGAUCUAACUUAAGAAGGAUUGAAAAACAUCAAAUUAAUCAAGUCAAAAGGUGUGAAUCCAUAUGUACUAUAUAUUGCCAAAUGAUGUGAUCAGCAAAGUUAGGAUAAAUCAGUAUUUAAAAUAGUUAUAUAAAGAAAUCCUGUCGAACAGUC